UCCUCAAAACCUCCCCCUCACGUACGUGAAGCCAUAAACCCCACGACGAACGCCAACGCAAAACGAACCUGAUACUCCUCCCAUACCCCUCGGGCGCGCAGAGACGAUCGGUUUUUCCCUCCUCCUCCUUCGCUGACCGGAGCGGCGACGGCCACGGCGACGAUGAUGAUCGGACGGCACCACGGGAGCAAGCUCGCCGGCGCCACCCUGGCUGCGCUGGGCCAGAGGGCGUUCGCGACGGCCUCCGUCGCCCGCGGCCUCUCCGCCGGCGAGGCUGCGGCGGCAGCCAAGUAUCUCUGCUCCGUCCCCGCUCGCGGAGCGGCGACUGCCUGGCUCAGGGCUCCGGCGAUCGGGCUGCGCCACGAGAGCACCCUGGCUCUCGGGGAGAAAGAGGCGCGGCAGGACAAGCGCGGGGUCGCCGGUUCCGACGGAGCGAGCCAGGGCGAGAAAGCCAUCGCGAGUUACUGGGGCGUGGAGCCUUCCAAGGUCACCAAGGGCGACGGUACUGAGUGGAGGUGGACUUGCUUUCGGCCGUCGGAGACGUACAAGGCGGACCUGUCGAUAGAUCUGAAGAGGCACCACGCUCCGCUGACGUUCCUGGACAAGUUGGCCUUCUGGACGGUCAAGGCCAUGAGAUACCCCACCGACAUAUUCUUCCAGAGAAGAUAUGGCUGCCGAGCGAUGAUGCUAGAGACCGUGGCAGCGGUACCCGGCAUGGUCGGAGGACUGCUUCUGCACUGCAAAUCGCUGAGGCGGUUCGAGCACAGUGGUGGUUGGAUCAAAGCCUUGCUAGAAGAAGCUGAGAAUGAACGCAUGCACCUCAUGACCUUCAUGGAGGUUUCGCAGCCAAGAUGGUACGAGCGCGCCCUCGUGUUUGCAGUCCAGGGCGUUUUCUUCAAUGCCUACUUCGUGGGCUAUCUGAUGUCUCCCAAAUUCGCCCACCGGGUGGUUGGUUACCUCGAAGAAGAGGCCAUACACUCGUACACCGAGUUCCUGAAGGAAUUGGACAAUGGAAAUAUCGAGAACGUCCCGGCUCCGGCCAUCGCCAUCGACUAUUGGCAGCUCCCCCAAGGGUCCACUUUAAGGGAUGUCGUGCUCGUGGUGAGAGCUGAUGAGGCACAUCACCGGGAUGUGAACCACUUUGCAUCGGACAUACAUUACCAGGGACGUGAGCUGAAGGAAGCUCCUGCUCCACUUGGGUAUCACUGAAAUAUCCCGCGUCACCAUAGUGUUGUGAAGGACUACGAGUUCAUAUAUGAUCAAAGACUCUUGUCUUUUACUAUGAAAUAAUAGUGGUACUCAUUACAGUGUGUACAAUCCACUGUUGUGUUCAUUAAUAUGAUAAUGGUUGCUGGAGUUCGCCAUCGUGAACCUUUUGGUAAUUCGACUUUGAUUCCUUUCGCUCCAUGUGAAUAACUGUUGCUGAAUGAAGAAAUUAUAUUUGACCGA